AACACAUGGUUCUUGUUCAGUUUGACGAACAUUAUUAGGAGUUCGUUGUGUGUUUUCUUACUUUAAUAAAGGAUUGAAACUAAUGUGCAUUCAUGCCUAAUAGUUUAAAAGCAGUUGUUCGUUUAUCGUUCGCUUCAGUUGUUUAGGACAGUCGCAAAAUAUGAAGCUGAGUGAAUUAAAAAUGUCCAUUAUUUGGUUACUAGUGAUUACUAUUACUACUUUUAUUGGUAGUAGCAAUGGUGUUGCUGUUAUGAGUAUCGACAUUGGCAGCGAGUCAAUGAAAGUUGCCAUUGUUUCGCUUGGUGUUCCUAUGGAAAUUGCUCUUAACAAGGAGUCAAAGAGGAAAACACCUGCUAUCAUUGCAUUUCGAAAUGGGGAGAGAAGUUUUGGAGAAGAUGCUCAAGUUGUAGCAAUCAGAUCACCGCAAAAUAGUUUUUCUUACAUAUUAGAUCUUCUAGGAAAAUCCAUAAAUAAUCCUAUGGUACAACUCUACAUGAAAAGAUUUCCCUAUUACGAUAUAAUUUCUGAUGAUGAAAGGAACACAAUUGCAUUUAGACUGGACAAAAAUACUACGUAUACACCAGAAGAAUUAAUUGCACAAAUUUUGCACAAGGGAAAAGAAUUUGCAGAAAAUUCAGCUGGUCAAAAGAUCACUGAAGCAGUGAUAACUGUUCCAGGAUAUUUUAAUCAAAUUGAAAGAAGAUCACUUAUGCAAGCAGCAGAUCUAGCUGGAAUUAAAGUUCUACAACUUAUUAACGAUUAUACUGCCAUUGCAUUGAAUUAUGGAAUUUUUCGAAGUAAAGAAAUAAAUGACACUGCCCAUUACGUGAUGUUCUAUGACAUGGGAGCCAGUAGUACAACUGCAACUGUUGUCAGUUAUCAGAAUGUGAAAACAAAGGAGAAGGGAUUUGUUGAAACCAAUCCACACGUCACUGUUCUAGGUGUGGGUUAUGAUCGUACUUUGGGAGGGCUAGAAGUGCAACUUAGAUUGCAGCAUCACUUGGCAAAAGAAUUUGAUGCUUUAAAUAAAACAUCAACUUCUGUAUUUACUAACCCACGAGCAAUGGCAAAACUUUUUAAAGAAGCUGGGCGUGUUAAAAAUGUUCUGAGUGCAAAUACCGAUCAUUAUGCUCAAAUUGAGGGACUGGUAGAUGAACAUGAUUUCAAAGUGCAAGUUUCCAGAGAAAAGGUAGAACAACUUUGUUCAGAUUUAUUUGAGCGAGUUGCUGAUCCCAUUAAGAUUGCUUUAAAAACAUCAGGUUUAACAUUAGAUGUUAUAUCUCAAGUAGUAUUGGUAGGAGCAGGAACCAGAAUGCCAAAGAUACAGGAACAUUUAAGUCAGUAUUUAACAGUUGAACUCUCCAAAAAUAUCAACAUGGAUGAGGCAGCUGCAUUAGGAGCAGUGUAUAAAGCUGCAGAGCUUAGUAAAGGUUUCAAAGUAAAGAAGUUCGUUACCAAAGAUGCAGUACUAUUUCCCAUACAAAUCACUUUCGACAGAAUUGUCGAUAAUAAAGUAAAACUAAUUAAAAAGUCAUUGUUUAGCAAAAUGAAUCCUUACCCACAAAAAAAAAUCAUCACAUUUAAUAAAUAUGCAGAAAAUUUCCAAUUCCAUAUUAAUUAUGCUGAACUGGACUAUUUACCUGCUAAUGAAGUUGCUGCUAUUGGUAACUUAAAUAUAUCCACUAUAACUUUAACUGGAGUAGCCGAAGCUCUGGACAAACACACUAAAGAUGGAGCAGAAAGCAAGGGCAUUAAAGCACAUUUUGCUAUGGAUGAGAGUGGUAUACUUAAUUUGGUGAAUGUAGAACUGGUAUCAGAAAAGUCAAGCCCAACACCUGAUGAAGAAGAGGGUACUUUCUCAAUACUUGGCUCAACUAUUAGUAAACUUUUUGCAGGUUCCGAAGAUAAAGAUAAAGAAGCGAAAGUCGUCGAAAAUUUGAAGGAAGAUGUAAAACCAGUUCAUGAGGAAUCGGAGUACCCUGAAAUGCAAAAAGAAGCAGAUGAUAAGACUAAGAAAAAAAAUGAAAGUACAGUCACCGAGGAUAAAGUGGCAAAUAAAACUGAGAAAACGGAGAAAGAAAAAAAAGCUACGAUUGUAACGAUUAAAGAACCUAUUAAAGCCAUUGAAGACAAAUUAGGACCACAGAUCCUUUCUGGAGAUAAACUUACCGUUUCUCGCGAAAAAUUACAUCAGUUAGAUGUAUAUGAUUUCGAGAAAAUGAAACGUGAAACAGCUUUAAACAAUUUAGAAACAUUUAUUAUUGACGCUCAACAAAGAUUAGAAUCUGAAGAAUAUGCUGCUGCAGCUACUGCUCAAGAAGCAGAAAAUAUAUUAAAAGCGUGUUCUGAAAUUUCUGAUUGGUUGUACGAAGAUGGAUUUACCGCAACUGCAGAAGUAUACGAACAAAAAUUAUCAGAACUUCAUAAAAUGACCAAGGAUAUGUAUGAACGUGUCUAUGAACACAGAGAACGCCCAGAAGUAUUGAAAGGCAUGACAUCCGCAUUGAAUGCAAGUAAAACACUUUUGAACAAUAUGCGUAAUUUGAGUUUAACAGGCGAUAAUUACAUUCAAGUAAAGCUUGAUCAAUUAGAGAAAGUAAUCAAGGAAACUCAGGAAUAUUAUGAUAACGUUGUGAAAUCUUUCGCUGGGACGUCUUUGCACGAUCCUGUGAAAUAUAAAGUUCGGGACAUUGCAAAUACAAUGGCUGUGCUCGAUAGAGAAGUGAAGUAUGUUAUAAACAAAUUAAAAGUUUGGACACCAAAUCAAGAGGCUACUACGAAUCAGACAGAGAGCACAAACGAAAACGCAACAGAGACAAAAGAAGGACCGGAAUCAGAGACUGUUCCUAAAUCAGCUAGUGAUUCUGAAACGGUGAAACUUCCGGAAGAAAGUACAACCGAUGAAUCAAGUACACACACACAAAAGCCAGUAGAGUUGAAUACCUCGGAAGAUUCGAUUGUAAUACCAGAAAAUAACGAAGAUCGAUCGAGUCACAAAAGUACUCAAGAGGAAGAGGCACACCAAGAACUUUAAAAAAAAGUUUACGUAAAAACGUGUGACUUUUGUUAUUGAUCGAUCCCGUUUCGGUUAAUAAGUUAGGCAAUUUAUUAUGUUGUAGGACAGGUUUAUAAAUGUAUUUAUAAACCUAAAUCAAAUUCAAGAAAUUGUGUUAUCGUGGUUGAAUUAUUUCGCGAAUGUGAAUACUGAAGUGUUAUCGUAUUUAAUUGCACAUGAUUAUAAGAAUAAUUCGUUCGUUCAUCAUACCAGAAAGUAAUAGAACUAGUAUCUCGCAGCAUUUCGAAUACAAAAGUAAAACCGAUCAUGUAUUGUUUAUAAAAGAUUUGUGCUUUAAGUGCCAAGUAGUUACAGGCUUCAAAGUUCUAUCUAUAUCAAGACAGGCCUGCACAUUCUAUAAAUGUAUUUGCUGGACCAGAAAUUGCUGAUGAUUGACAAGUAUGCUUAAAUCCUGUUGCAGUUGAUCUCCAUCUGUCAUUUUCUGCUGUAACUUCACUUACUCAAAGUUGUUUCUUAGGAACAAUGACUGGCGUCAGACAUUGUAAGAAGACCAGUUGGCCAGGUCUGAUAUACAUUAAUAUGAAAAUUGCUGAACAAUUUUGAAAAUAAUUGUAUAACACACGGUACUACAUUUUAUAGUCGAAUAAAUUCCUUAUUCGCGUGACGUCGUUAUUUACAAGUGAUAAAACAUUCUACUUGGCCGGACUUCGUCUAUUACAAAUAUAAUAUUUAAUUGUGAUACUUCUUGAUACUAUAGUCUUAGACAUAUUCUAUGCUAUAGCUUAAACAAUGAUUUUUUACAGAUAUCUACAUCGAGCAUAAUAAUUACACACAACAUAUAUGUCAGUGUUUGUAUCAUGAGGAGAUUAAGAUUUUAUUCAUUUUUUUUUUACAUUUCUAAUUAAUUAAUCUUUGCUAAAAAAAAUGCCUAACUUCGAUGCGCUCUAUGCAUACCCCAUUGUGUCAUAGAUUUAAUUUAUUUUAUGAUACAAUGGUCAUGUAUUGAAUUUAAUGACGAAACAAAUAGUCUGUAAAGAUUUGCACAGAGCAAGGUAAACCAAUGUCUGGUAAUGUAAUUUAUUUAAAAAGAUUUGCAACUUGCUCGCAAACAAUUGCUUCUACUUAAGCAUUCGAUAUGAAUUAAAUCUAAUCAUUCCAACGAAUACAGAUGUAAUUUAAAACCUUUCAUUAUGUUAUUUAUCAUUUUGGGUGAAUAAAACAGUGUGUAAGAUCUUGAUAAAACUAACAAAAAUCAAUGCAAUUUUUAAUUUGUACAUUUCAUGUUAAACUUUAUGUUUACAAGAAAAACAUGUGUAAUUUAUUUUAUAAACAUGUCUUCCUGCAAUUAGAACAGCUUUAGGCUGAUGAAAUAAAUUAAUUUAUAAUUGCAUAUUUAUUUUAACAUACUAUUUAAGACAGCAUUAAUAUUAUUAUUUAUGUAUGUUUCAUAUACGUAUUACGAAGAAAAUAGACAUUUGUAUAUUUAUAUACAUUA